AUGUGUACCUUAUGUCCAAGACAAUAUGUUGACCCUAGUCCAAGACAUUAUGUUGACCCUAGUCCAAGACAUUAUGUUUACCCUAGUCCAAGACAUUAUGUUUACCCUAGUCCAACACAUUAUGUUUACCCUAGUCCAAGACAUUAUGUUUACCCUAGUCCGAGACAUUAUGUUUAUCCUAGUCCAACACAUUAUGUUUACCCUAGUUUAACACAUUAUGUUUACCCUAGUCCAACACAUUAUGUUUACCCUAGUCCAACACAUUAUGUUUACCCUAGUCCAAGACAUUAUGUUUACCCUAGUCCAAGACAUUAUGUUUACCCUAGUCCAAGACAUUAUGUUUACCCUAGUCCAAGACAUUAUGUUUACCCUAGUCCAAGACAUUAUGUUUACCCUAGUCCAAGACAUUAUUUUUACCCUAGUCCAAGACAUUAUGUUUACCCUAGUCCAAGACAUUAUGUUUACCCUAGUCCAAGACCUUAUGUUUACCCUAGUCCAACACAUUAUGUUUACCCUAGGCCAAGACAUUAUGUUUACCCUAGUCCAAGACAUUAUGUUUACCCUAGUCCAAGACGUUAUGUUGACCCUAGUCCAAGACAUUAUGUUUACCCUAGUCCAAGACAUUAUGUUUACCCUAGUCCAAGACAUUUUGUUUACCUUUACCCUAGUCCAAGACGUUAUGUUGACCCUAGUCCAAGACAUUAUGUUUACCCUAGUCCAAGACAUUAUGUUUACCCAAGUCCAAGACAUUAUAUUUACCCUAGUCCAACACAUUAUGUUUACUCUAGUCCAACACAUUAUGUUUACCCUAGUCCAACACAUUAUGUUUACCCUAGUCCAAGACAUUAUGUUUACCCUAGUCCAAGACAUUAUGUUUACCCUAGUCCAAGACAUUAUGUUUACCCUAGUCCAAGACAUUAUGUUUACCCUAAUCCAACACAUUAUGUUUACCCUAGUCCAACACAUUAUGUUUACCCUAGUCCAGUGGCCUGCAAGGAGUAUGGACUGACCAUUGGCACGUUAGCACUAAGACAAUAA